AUGGGUGUUCAAGUAUUUCGUGACUUCUUAGCUUUGCACAAAAGUGUGGACUAUAACAGGGCAUGUACCCCAUUACACCUCUCCAGCAAGAUGCGGAUACGCUGGGGUCAGAAUGACUUUGAUGCUUGUAAACAUUCGCAGAAUAUGCGCCCAUAG